AUGAAUCGUAAGAGCUGUGACGCCGUGAUAAAACAGAGAAAAAUCAGUGAAACCAACAGUAAGAAGUGUAAGAAGGAGAACACCUUCAUCAGUGCGAGUUACGGCAUUGUCCAAAAGAUCUGUGGGGAUGAAGGAGAGCCCUAUCCAGGAAAUCAAAAUCUGAGAAUCAGCCUUAAAAAGUUCAGAGUUGUUAACUGCAAAUGCAAUAAGAACAAGAGUCUUCCCCACUGUAAGUGCCGUGGCUCUGAUGCCAACCUGAGAAUUGUAAUCAGUUGUGAUAACAAAGGUAAUCCUGUUCACUAUGAAAAAGGUGUAAAGAUUCUCAACUGA